AUGGCAGAUUCCAUCGUGGGAACUAGAAUACAUGUACCCUCAUUGCAAGCUCUACACCAACAAACAGCCAUAGAGUCUGAUGAUUUGCCAAUUGCCGUUGAGGCACACCCUAUCCUUUCGCCGACAUCAGAUAGAUCCUCCAUUCCGGUGAUUCGAGUGGAAGAUGUGGAAGCGAACAUCAAUAGUUUGACACAGUCUUUUAUUGUUCUUCAGCCUGGAGAUCAUGUCUGCGUUAAAACAAAAAGAUAUUCUUCAAAUUUCGUACAUUACAAAGACAGUACUGGAUUAGCUCUACACUAUGCAGACAUAAGAAGGUUGAUGGUCAACCGUGGCAAGCUCUUAUUGAUCCGUGAUUACAGCUCAAGAAUUCUAGAAAUCACAGACUUCAUUCAAAACCUCCAAGUUCUGGUACAUCAAGAGUAUCAUACUUGGUGUCAGCUAGAUACUUUCACUUCAAACAAUGUUACCUCAAAGCUUGAGUUUAUAAACAGUGUUUGUGAUGAUCUCCGUGCACACACCAGUCACUGGUGGCUCAUUAAACAAAGAAUUCACACAGAUAAAUGGCUUCAACCACUGCUUCCGAGUCUGUGUCAGGAACUUGAAGUUGUAAGGUUGACAUUACAACAGCUGAGUGGUAGUGCAAUAUGGUGGGUAGGCAGGUUCAUCAGAACCAGUUUACGAGUAUUUGCACACACAGAUCUUAGCAAAGUUACUCAGGAUGUACUAUGGAAUGUUUCCCGAGGGAUCGAAGAUUACAAUUCAAUAGUGCAACAUUAUGAUUGGCUGAACUGUACAGGUGGUAACCUGACCUCACUACACACCACUCCAGUAACUAGGAUAAACAGUGUACAUUACAUGAAUGGAAACAUCAAGACAAUUCCAAUUCAUAAAAUACUGAGUAUUUUUGCAUCAGAGCGAUCAAAGCAUGCUGCUAAACUCACAUUUAAGUUCUUCACCACCAAUAAGGAAUUCCUCUCCUUAUCCAACACCAAAUUGUCAACUUUUGAUUGGCAGACGUAUCCCAGAGGAGAUAAAGUGAGCUCCAAUUUUCAAAGUAACACAUCUGAUUACCAUAGCGAUGGAUCAAUCGGAAGUGUGACGAGUGACAUAUUACAAGUUGGCGAAAUCAAGGCCCCUGACUUGUCUCAGGAGAUGUCACCUGUUGUGGAUUUCACAAUGCAGGAAGAAGAGUUCCUGAGCUUGUUCUUAACGACAGUUGCUACAUCUACGAAUCUCCUACGCAAAUCUCACACCAAGGAUCUCGGUGCUUCACCAGUGAAAAUUCAUUUCCGAGGUGGAAGGAAGUCUCGUGAAAAGAAAGCCAAGUCUGUACAUUGGGGAGAUUGCUUAGACUCCAAUACAAAGCAUCAGCUGGUUAGCAAGUACAUGGACCAUUUGUGGCAGAACUUUGGGGGGCGGUUACAAGAGUUAUUGCACAGUCAAGCAUGGGGAAUUGGGUACUCCACUUUUGAUGAUUUAGGUCACAUACAGUUGUGUGAUAACACAGUUAUUAUGAUGUUGGUACAGAUGGUUGAAUUAAUAUGUGUCAAAGAUAUGUUUGCUACUGGAGCUGUUGUAUCAUUGCAGUCAUUGUGUCGUCAACUCCAUGCUGCAGCAGCCAUCGCAGAUUGGGAUGCAGCAUUUUGUGGAGCGUUAUCACUGUCUGUCAUUGACAAAUGCCUACCCCUGAGUAUGGGCGCUGGGGAACACAGAACUAAGACUGCUGUCUUAUUCCAACAAGCUUUUCAUCCAUUGGUCAGUUUAUUGGUGUCUGCUGAACAGUCACCUCAGCUUAGGUCUCCAUUGAGAGGUAAAAAUGGUUUGCCUGUAUGUCCAAGAAAUGCUGUAGUGACAGUGACAAUCCCUGCGUUAGCACGCUUGUUAACAACAUUGAAUAGUGCACUACGUUGGUCUCAUACAAAGACAUUGCAGUUCUUGUCAUCCUGGUCCAUAGGUUCAUUCCUACUUAUAACACAGAGUGAUCUUAAGACGCUGACUGACACAGCUUUGAGAGUUCUAAAAAUAGCGCAGCCACUGUGCACCACCUCUGAUGCCAGCACUCAAGCAGGCUCCAUCACCUUCAGUGGUAGUCAUGGCAACCACGUGAUGACCCAGCUCAAUAACAGAUUGAACCAGUUAUGGUUUCAGUUGAACACAGUUACCUCCAAAUUGCAUAAUCUUUCAAGUACAUCUAGUAAGUUAUUUGCCCAAGACUGUACACGAAUGUCAAUGGAAUACUGGCAACAAGCGAUGCCCUUUGGUAAAGUAUGGAGAAGGAGAAGCAAUCAAGAAUAUCCUGCUGAACCUAAUGCGUAUGUUGAGUCAUCGGUCGAAACCAUCCUGGAACCUGUUACUGACGGUGUCAGCAAACUUAAAACUGCAGCUCAAAUCUCAGCUGUUACAUUAGCUGUCGUCGCUAUGCUAGAAGCAUGGAUGAAUCAUAUACUUAAAGAAAAAAUUAAGUUUAGGUGA